ACCGGGAACGAUACUGAUUACAACUGUGCUUGUGUGAAUGGAUAUACUGGAGUCAAUUGUACUGAUAUAGAUGAAUGUGCAUCAUCUCCAUGUCAAAACGAUGGUACUUGUACUGACGAUGUCAACAUGUAUAGUUGCAAGUGUGUGGCUGGCUAUGAUGGAGACAAUUGUGAAACCAAUAUAGACGAAUGUGCAUCAUCUCCAUGUCAAAAUGGAGGUAAUUGUACUGACAAUGUCAACAUGUAUAGUUGCAAGUGUGUGGCUGGUUAUGAGGGAGACAAUUGUGAAACCAAUAUAGAUGAAUGUGCAUCAUCUCCAUGUCAAAAUGGAGGUAAUUGUACUGACGAUGUCAACAUGUAUAGUUGCAAGUGUGUGGCUGGUUAUGAUGGAGACAAUUGUGAAACCAAUAUAGACGAAUGUGCAUCAUCUCCUUGUCGAAAUGGAGGUAAUUGUACUGACGAUGUCAACGUGUAUAGUUGCAAGUGUGUGGCUGGCUAUGAUGGAGACAAUUGUGAAACCAAUAUAGAUGAAUGUGCAUCAUCUCCAUGUCAAAAUGGAGGUAAUUGUACUGACGAUGUCAACAUGUAUAGUUGCAAGUGUGUGGCUGGUUAUGAUGGAGACAAUUGUGAAACCAAUAUAGACGAAUGUGCAUCAUCUCCAUGUCAAAAUGGAGGUAAUUGUACUGACGAUGUCAACAUGUAUAGUUGCAAGUGUGUGGCUGGCUAUGAUGGAGACAAUUGUGAAACCAAUAUAGAUGAAUGUGCAUCAUCUCCAUGUCAAAAUGGAGGUACUUGUACUGACGAUGUUAACAUGUAUAGUUGCAAGUGUGUGGCUGGUUAUGAGGGAGACAAUUGUGAAACCAAUAUAGACGAAUGUGCAUCAUCUCCAUGUCGAAAUGGAGGUACUUGUACUGACGAUGUCAACAUGUAUAGUUGCAAGUGUGUGGCUGGCUAUGAUGGAGACAAUUGUGAAACCAAUAUAGACGAAUGUGCAUCAUCUCCAUGUCGAAAUGGAGGUAAUUGUACUGACGAUGUCAACAUGUAUAGUUGCAAGUGUGUGGCUGGCUAUGAUGGAGACAAUUGUGAAACCAAUAUAGACGAAUGUGCAUCAUCUCCAUGUCAAAAUGGAGGUACUUGUACUGACGAUGUCAACAUGUAUAGUUGCAAGUGUGUGGCUGGCUAUGAUGGAGACAAUUGUGAAACCAAUAUAGACGAAUGUGCAUCAUCUCCAUGUCAAAAUGGAGGUACUUGUACUGACGAUGUCAACAUGUAUAGUUGCAAGUGUGUGGCUGGCUAUGAUGGAGACAAUUGUGAAACCAAUAUAGACGAAUGUGCAUCAUCUCCAUGUCAAAAUGGAGGUACUUGUACUGACGAUGUCAACAUGUAUAGUUGCAAGUGUGUGGCUGGCUAUGAUGGAGACAAUUGUGAAACCAAUAUAGACGAAUGUGCAUCAUCUCCAUGUCAAAAUGGAGGUACUUGUACUGACGAUGUCAACAUGUAUAGUUGCAAGUGUGUGGCUGGUUAUGAGGGAGACAAUUGUGAAACCAAUAUAGACGAAUGUGCAUCAUCUCCAUGUCAAAAUGGAGGUACUUGUACUGACGAUGUCAACAUGUAUAGUUGCAAGUGUGCAACCGGUUGGAAAUCUUCACAGUGUGAAACAGACAUUGAUGAAUGCGUUUCUGGAGUAAACAACUGCCACAAUAGAUCUACGUGUACAAAUACGAAUGGGUCAUUUAGUUGUGCAUGUUUUACUGGCUAUUCAGGGGAUGGCAUUUCGUGUACAUUACUUGCUCCUCAAAGCCCAGUUUUCAAUGUAACAGUGACUGGUCUUCAAUCUCGACAAGUUACUCUUUCAUGGCAAGACACAAAUCCGGUUGUUGACAACUAUAUUGUUACAUUUGGUGACCGAAAUGUAACAUCAAUCCAAAAGUCAGUAGUGGUAACUGGUUUACAACCUCAUACACAAUACACAUUUACAGUUCAAGCAAGGAAUGAAAAUGGGUCAAGUCCUCUUGGCUCUAGCAUUCCUGUGAUGACACCAGCUUCUGAGCCAAGUUCUCCAAGAAGUGUCAACCUUAGUGUUAUAAAUUCGACUGCCAUUAAUGUGACUUGGGCUGUUCCAGCAUUUCCCAAUGGUAUCAUUAUUGAUUAUGAAGUGCAGUAUUAUCGAACUAUGGAAGGAAAUUCAAGUGCAACUUUAAAUCAUGCUGGUAAUAUAAGCCUAAUCUAUGUGGUUACUAACCUGGAGGAAUACACAAACUAUUCAGUCCAAGUUCGAGCAGUUGUAUUUCAUCCUACUACCCCUAUUACUGGCGAUUUUUCUCUACCUGUUAAUGCUGAAACAAAUCCUGAAGUUCCAGAUGGCCCUCCUACUAAUGUGCAAGCUAUUUCUUCAAGUUCAACAUCAAUUAAUUUGACAUGGAAUCAACCUGAAUUGGAUCGUCGAAAUGGAAGAAUCACUGGUUAUCGCAUUCAGUAUUACAUUCAAGCUAGUGGCAGUAAUAGCACCAUAGACAACUUAACAAAAACUGAAUCAUCUGCAACAGUUCCACAACUCAACAAGUACACUUUUUACUGCUUCAAAGUAGCAGCACGAUCUCACUAUGAACCACCUUCUGGCCAAAAUGCUUAUGGUCCUGACAGUAACCCUGUAUGUGAGCAGACACAGGAGGAUGUGCCUGAUGGACCUCCAUUGGAGGUGGUUGCAACAGCUGUAAGUUCGACUGCUGUGAAUGUAUCUUGGCAACAGCCAAGAGAAGAUCUUCGAAAUGGUAUGAUUGAAGGAUAUCUUAUUCAGUAUCGUGAAAAAAUGGACAGCCAAAUGCGAUUUAAUACUUCUGAAAUCACCAACACGAUGAAGAUGGUAGAAAACUUGAAGUUUUUCACAGACUACUGCUUUCAAGUGUCUGCAAGAACAAGCAUCAUUGGACAGUGGGGUCCAUUUAGCAUGGAGAUAUGUAAAGGAACCAGAGAAGACAUACCCGGACCACCUCUGAAUGUCAUAGCAAUGCAAACAUCUGCUGAGAGCAUUAACGUGACAUGGCAGAUGCCUGCUAUGAAGAAUGGAAUCAUUCAACACUAUACAGUCUAUUAUCGCAAUCUGAACAUCACCAACAGUACUGAGAUGAACAACAAGACACAGGGAAAUGUGUUGUCGUUCUUAAUUCUUCAGCUUCAUCCAUUUACAGUUUAUGCAGUCCAAGUGACUGCUACUACGGGUGCUGGUGAAGGUAAUCGUAGUGUUGUUACUCAAGAACAGACAGAUGAGUCAGUUCCUGGGCAGGUUGCUUUUUUGGGAGUUGACAACAUCACUGCAGUGUCUGCUGCUAUUAGUUGGAGUCAACCUAAUCAACCUAAUGGAAUCGUUGUGAGUUAUUAUUUGGUCAUACGUGUGGGAUGUUGCACAAUAGAAAAAAACCAGACAUUCACACCAGGGCAACGUAUCUACAUUGCUACUGGAUUAAAUGAACACACUCUUUAUACAGCAGAGGUACAAGCAAGUACUUCCAAAGGCAUUGGAAUAUUACGUACUGAACUAUUUACCACACUACAAUCAACUCCACGAAUAGGUCCAUCUAUAGUGUCAACCACAGAAACAGCAAAGAGUUUGACAAUUAGGUGGGAGGAGUUAAGCCAAGAUGAUCAAAAUGGAGUUAUAUUAGGCUACAGAGUAACAGUUGUUGCAGUCAAUACUAAUAAACUCAUCGCAAUAGCAAAUGUCACAGAACGGAAUUUUACUCAAGGAGGUCUGAAUGAGUACACUAACUAUUCAGUUUCAGUUGCAGCGUUUACAAGUGUAGGAAUUGGCAAUUCUUCAGUUGCAGUCAUUGAAACGCGUGAAGCUGCUCCUGUUGCCAGUCCAUCUGAUGUAAUGACACGUGUUUUGUCAUCAAGAAGUGUGAGUGUCAGCUGGGGUCCUAUUCUGAAUAGUGAUGAUCGAAAUGGAAUUAUUAGCGCCUACACCGUAAAUAUUACAAACAACCAGACUGGUGAUGUUGCUCAGAGUUAUGUAACUACUGGUCCAGAGGAGACAAGUCGGACUUUUGAGAACCUUGAGGAAUACACUGGUUACUAUGUUCAAGUAGCAGGAUCUACACGUGCAGGCCUUGGACCAUUUUCUCCUUCGGUGUACAAUCAGACCUUAGAAGAUGCACCAAGUGGGACACCACAGAACGUCUUGACUAAAGUCCUUAAUUUCUCAGCUAUUUAUGUAAUGUGGGAUCCUCCACCCAUAAGUGAACAAAAUGGAAUCAUUAGAGGGUAUUAUUUGAACUAUACCAACAGAAAGGGGUUUUUCAAACAAGAAAGAGGAUUCGAGAAUACUGAAUUUUUUGCUACUGGUCUUGAUCCAUUCACACAGUACAACUUCACUGUUGCAGCAUACACUCGUAUUGGAUCUGGACCUUUAGCUACUGCUCAAAACACUACUGAGCAAACCAGUCCAGGUGAUGCUCCACGAAAUGUUCAUGUCACUAAUAAGACGACUGCUAAUAGAGCAAACGCUAGUGUAACACUGAUGUGGAAAGAACCAUCUACACCAAAUGGAAUCAUUAAACGUUAUGAUGUUGAAAUCUUUGUAGCAGGCACCAAUGCCAUUGUAGUUCAAAUGUCAUCCGAGAUGGAGGAGCUGUUUAUAGAUUCUAAACUGGAGAAAUUUUCAUGGUAUGAAGCUCGAGUGCGUGCUGUAACUAUUGCUCCAGGCCCUUUCAGUGAUAGAAUUUUGUUUUUGACGGAUCAGGAUGUACCCGAGAUGCCUAUCAGUUUCAGUGUAGUCAAUAGCACAGCUACUACUGUGAACGUGUCUUGGCAGGCACCAGCAGACAGCAAUGGAAUACGGCUGGGCUACUACUUGAAUGUUACAGAUCCAAAAUACCUACUUGUAGAUUCAGGAAAAGAAACUUUGCCUAUUCCACCAAAUGAACAAGAGAACGAAGAUUCAUUUUCAAAUCUAUUGCCUGAUGAUUCACAGUUUCUUGUUACCAUGCUUCAUCCAUUUGCUAGCUAUCGACUAACAUUGCAGGCUAGAACAGUUAAAGGUUUAGGAGAUGUGGCCAAAUUAGACGUGCAAACUUUGCCAAGCUCUCCAACUGGUCCUGUACAGGAUUUGGUGUUAACAGAGGUGGCUGGAGUUCCCCACACUCUCAACACUAGUACUAUGAGUGUGAAAUGGAAACCACCUGUUGUCAGUCUACGAAAUUCUUAUAUUCAAACAUACAAAUUUGAGUAUAUGAGGACAGACUCGACAAGCAAGCCUAGCGGCAAAGGCAGUGAAGUGCGUAGUCACACGGGUGGUUCAUCUGAUAUACAAAUGUUUCAGCAAAAAGGACUGGCUGCAUUCAAAGAUUACAACUUUUCUGUUUCUGCGUGUAGUGACUCAGCUGCUGAAGUAUGCGGACCACCACUGAGUAAAGUAGCUAAAACGCCACAAGCAGCUCCUGGUCCUCCAACUAUUGUUGAAGUUACUGCAAAAUCAUCAACUUCAAUUCAGAUAAAGUGGAAGCCUCCUAAUGAUGAGAACAUUAAUGGAGUUUUGGUUCAGUUUACAAUUUAUAUGCAAAGGACUACUGAACCUUUUGAGAAGAAAUCGAAAGGGAUUUCUGAUACCAGCAUGACUGAAUACACAAUCACGGGCUUGAACAAGUAUACCCUUUAUCAAUUUGAAAUGUCAGCAACCACUACCGUUUCAACUGGCGCAUUAAGUUUAAGUGUUGAGAUUCGAACUUUACAGGACUUACCUGGAACCCCAGAACUUCAAGAAAAUCCUGCUAUAGCACUAACUGUGGAUAAGAAUGCUGUCCAAGCUAUUUUGACGUGGGAUAGACCUACGCCUAAUGGUAUUAUAAUUGAAUACGAGGUUCUGAUAAAGUACAGUGGACAGAAGGAUCUUCGAAAGAUCAAUGAUUCUAAGUAUAUUCUUGCUGAACCAACAGUGACAGUUCCUCUGUCUGUUUUUGGAAGCAAGAACUAUGAGUUUCAGGUACGUGCUUACACAAAAAUAGGAGCUGGAAGCUACUCGAACAUUGUGGGUGCAAUGACACCACCUGCAAAUCCACCAGUUCCUGAACAUCCAGUACCUGGAGGACCUUCACCUGCUACAACCACCACUAUUUCGAUUGUCUUUAAUAAGGCAUCUGAUCAGAAUGGUCCUGUUACUCAUUAUGCGAUAAUAGUACUGCAAGAACCAGAUGGUGUAAAUGCUCUAGAUGAAAAUAAAGAGCCCAUCAGUUACAAUGAGUUUAGUAGAAUAGAAGACAAUACUAAACAAAAAGCGCCAUUCUUUGCAUUUUUUGGACCCGAAGGGUCAUUGGGGGAGGUCACCUUGUCAUCAGCUCGACGGAAACGAACAACUGAUAAUGCUACGGGUUUGUCUUUCACGUUGGGAAGCACUAGAGCUGAGGCUUGUUCUGACCCCCAAAAAGUAUGUAAUGGGGAACUCAGUCCAGGCGCUACAUACAGAUUUAAAAUUAGAGCGUACACUCGUGUUGAUAACAAUGAUCCUGCAAGUGGUUUGUUUUCCGACUCGGCCUAUUCUGAUUCUAUCAAGACAGAAAGCAGUAGCAGUGUUCCUGUUGUUGCAAUUGUUGUUCCCAUUCUGGUGGUUGCUAUUAUUGUAGUUGCAGUUCUUGUCUUGUAUUUCUUUUGGUAUAGACACUCAUCGUACUCAAAAGCAGAGUCUGUAGAGUUGUCAAACUCCCAUCUUGUAUCAAAGGCAGAGAUGCGUCGUCCAUCAUUUAUUGUUCGUAACAGAGAUGCUGUUGAAGGACGGCCUCGGCUACAUAGCUUGCAUCCAUUACGGAACCAUCCAAAUCUAUCAAGACCAGUUUCUAUAAGCCACUUUGCUAAACAUGUAAUCAGAAUGAGUGCUGACACUGACUUCAAGUUUUCUGAGGAAUUUGAGACUGUGCAAGGAGUUGGGCUAGAAGGCACUACUGAGGCAUCAUUAAUGGAUGAGAAUAGGCCAAAAAAUCGUUACACCAACAUUCUGGCAUAUGACCAUGCUCGUGUGAAGUUAUCUUUUACUGACGACGAACCAGGAUCUGAUUACAUCAAUGCCAACUACAUUCAUGGUUAUAACAUGCCUCGGGCAUUUAUUGCAACUCAAGGACCCAUGCCUAAUACAUUUGAUGACUUUUGGCGCAUGGUGUGGGAGCAGAACAGUAGCACGAUUGUGAUGUUGACACAGUUGUUGGAAAAAGGAAGGACAAAAUGCCACAAGUACUGGCCUGAUGAUGAGCCAGUUGCCUAUGGUGACAUCACAGUAAAGAAGACAAGUGAAAAGAACUGCUCUGACUGGGAGAUACGAGAGUUUACUGUACAAUGUGGUAAGCAAAUUCGAGUAGUUCGUCAGUUCCAGUUCACAACAUGGCCUGAUAUGGGUGUUCCUGAGGACUCGUCUAGCAUUGUUGAUUUUGUCCGCUAUGUCAGAGCACAACAAGUGGCCGAUGCAGGUCCCAUGAUUGUUCACUGCAGUGCUGGUGUUGGGCGGACAGGCACGUUUAUGUGUAUUGACACUGUUCUACGGAGAAUGCGUGAGAAAGACACCCUUGAUAUUUUUGGUGUUGUCUGUGCCAUGCGACUUCAACGUAAUCAUAUGGUUCAGACUGAAGCUCAGUACAUUUUCAUACACAAGGCUGUCUUGGAUGUGGUGAAGCAAUCGAACCUUGCUAGAACAACUCCACCUGCAUCAAAAAAUGACAAUAUAAAUAUAUAUGCCAAUACAGGUGAGCUACGGGAGCAGGCAUUGGCAACUACUGGGGAGGCACUGACUGUUGUUGAAGAGUCAAAAAUGUGAAGCAAGUGUUAUAUCUGGCAAUUAUUGGUUGGCACUGAUUUUUCUUGGAUCGCAAUACUGGGCUUGUUUUAUUUGAAUGUUUUACUAUUUCGUGUUUUCUGUAUUGCAAGUUGCUAUAGCUUUGCAACAUUUAGUGUUAGACUAGUACUGAGACUUCGGGAGUUGUCUAGCUGUUCUAACGCGUUUUUCUUAUUCUUUUAAUAUGUUUUUAGCCGUUUGGUGUAGGUUUUGUGCUUUACUAUUAUUGCUGUGUGGGUGUAGUGCAGGGGAUAAAGUCAAUAGAUUAGGGAUUGUCUAUUAUAUUAUA